AUGGGUCUCGUCGGGCCUGUAGUAGUCAACUGUAAAGUGUUCGUGCAACGACUAUGGGCUGCAAGUGUCGAGUGGGAUGCUCCACUUUCCGAAGACGAUCGCUCCUGGUGGAAUGAAUUUCGUGAUGGUAUACAAGAUCUCCAACGUCUCUCCAUCAGCCGUCGUGUUUUGGCUAACGUCAAUAAUGAGUACACAUUGCAUUGUUUCUGUGAUGCGUCGGAACGUGCCUAUGGAUGCUGUGUGUAUGUGGUAAGCAAGAGAUCAGAUGAUCGCACUCAUAGCCAGCUGUUGAUCGCUCAGUCUCGCGUCGCACCUCUUCGUAAUCUGACCAUUCCGAGACUUGAGCUGUGUGCGGCAGUUCUAGCCAGCCAGAUGAUGGAAAAAUUACGGACAACAACAGAGUUCGAUGGACCAACGGUGUUUUGGUCCGACUCAACUGUCGUGCUACACUGGAUUCGAUCUCCACCCCCAGAUUGGAAGCCUUUCGUAUCGAAUCGAAUUGCCGAAAUACAGAGGUCAACAAAAAAUUCCCAUUGGAGACACAUUCGCACCGAUGUCAACCCAGCUGAUAUCCUUUCUAGAGGGGCAUGGCCCUCCCAGAUUCUCGACAACGAUCUUUGGUGGCAUGGACCAGACUUUCUCGUGGCCGCUCCGGAGUUCUGGCCACCUGUUUUACCAACCUCCAACCUUCAGUCUGUGGACCGAGACGAGAUGAACAUUGAAAAGCGUCAACGUUAUACUGUCGCAAUGUUGGCUACUGCAAUAGAUGACUCGUUGCUCUCACGAUUUGCCGAACUCAGCCGACUGCUGAAGGUCGUAGCCUGGUGCCUUCGUUUCUACCACAAUUUUCGCCUGCCAGUUGGUUUUCGUCGUGUUGGAGUUUUGACUCCGUCGGAAAUUGAAGACGCAUUGAAAGCGUUGAUACGUAUCGAACAAGCUAGUGGCUUCCAAGCAGAGCUCCAUCAAGUGCAACGAAGGAUUUUUACGUUUGGAUGGUCGAUUGCGCAAUUUGAACAAAUCGUUCGAUUCCAAACACCCAUACAUUCUCCCAGCCAACGGGAAACUAAGUUUGCUGCUGGCACGAUCAUUGCAUCUGCAAACUGCUCACUCAGGACCAUCUCUCCUACUCGCAACGAUGAGGCAGCGCUUUUGGCCCUUGCAAGGCCGAAUCCUAGUCCGCAAGAUAGUCAGAAAUUGCGUGACUUGCUUUCGCUGUCGACCAACACUAGCACACCAGCAAAUGGGUCCUCUACCAGCAGUGCGACUUACUCCAGCUCGAGUAUUUUCCAGAUGUGGUCUGGACUACUGCGGGCCAUUUAA